UUCUAGAAACAGCAAGACUAGAACAUCAGAACGUUUUGAGGGAUAAACAACGGAAACCGGUUAUCAUGGCGAAGUUCAUGCGAAGCCCAGUGCAAAGAUCCAGUUUGCAAAAAUCCACCAAUCAGCAAGCUGGAAGCAUCAUAAUUCCGAGAAUUAUGGUCUUAAUCCGACCAUUGGCUUUCGUGGAAAGUGCAUUGGCAUAGAUAGCCUGGCAGCUAGUAACAUAGGCCCUCCCAUUUUGAAUAUAAACCCCUACUCCUGUCCAUACCAUUAAGUUCUAGUUUAGACUUCAUAGUGUUAAGUGCUCCACCUUGCUUGAAAUAAAGUAUACUCCGACAAUCAUCCUCACUCAGUGUUCUUAGUGCUUUAGUGCCUACCAUAAGUUGGAAAUUCCAAGUGUUUCCUGGGGUCGCCAUUUGGUUUGUCUUAACAGCGGAAUCAAGAUCGAAAUCCUUACAAAAAUUGGGGCAGUCGAUAGAAUACUGACUCCAUCACCACUUUCAUCCAAAAAACACCCAAGACGAACCUCCAUCCCGCAAUGACACACAAUAUAGCCCCUGACUACAAAGCAACUCCGGUAGUUCUGCAUGAUGAUUUUGACUCCAGGUAUUUAUGAGUAAGUUCCGUAAACCUCGUCACUGGCAAAUGUGAGAAAGAUUAUGUUGGCCACUCGUGAAUUGUGACAAACCAGGAAAGCCGAUUUACUUGGGAUUUUGGCCAACAACAUCAACUUUCAAGAAUGGAAUUUCGUAAUUCCAACAACUGGCCUUUUUUGGAUAGGUAAACCUUUUUAUCAAUUUCGAAAAGUGUAUUUGUCUCAUGUUUACUUUUAGUUCACCUUUAUGGCCAAUUUGCUAUCUAAAUCACGAUAAUGGAAGGGGUAUAACAAGAAAAAGUUUAGAAAUCUUCUUUUUUUCAUUUCAUCAUUUGGUUUUAUCAAUUAGGAUAAGUGCUUCGUCUCGUCUCUAGUCGCGAUUAGUUUAUUGUAAUAUUCAGGUUAUCGCUUUUCACAGAAAUAUCAAGCCGGAACCGUUAAUGUAAGGUCCAAAUUGAACCGAGGUUCGGUGAUUUUUGUGGGGUAUAUAAGUUUGAAUAAGGGGGUAUUACUGAGGAGGUGAUUAGCAAUGGCGUUGUUAGAGGUGAACAGAAUACCAAAGUAACGAUUUGAGAGUGUAACGAAUAUCGAAUUUGUGGGGUCUCGAGGAUCAUCCUUUGCUAACCCGAUCAGUCUCAUGUUAGAUCGAAUGAAAAGAACCGUAAAAAAUAGGUAUUGAAUAGUGCUGGGGCGAUUCCGGCACAAGUCGGACUUGUACGAGUCCUUUGAUUUCUUGACUGUUUCUUGGACUCGCCGAAUCCGGACCCUUCAAAAUUGAUCGAGCCUGGUUUAAAACCGGUGAUGAAAAUUUUGCUUUAAUUUUUAUGUUUCGUUUAUGAAUUGACCACUCAGACACACGAGGUUUAUAAAAGAGGUUUGGCUGAAAAAGGAGAAAAAACUGUGGUGAGGAGGUUACAUUUCACCUAUCUGGGUCGGGAACCCUUUUGAGGAGAUCAGUUAAUUGGUUGAUAAUGCCGUCAAAGGUCAUGAGAAGGUUUGAAAUAUCAUCCAGCUUUUGCAAUUCCUCUCAAAGAAACAGCGAGGAUGAUGUCCGAUUCGAGCAAUGCAACAUUAGGAAAGUGAUGGACGCGUACUGGGUCCCCCCCCGAUGGCCUGCCCUUGCCCCGGGAGCUUGAGGUGUAUCGUACAAGAUAAUGUCUUCGCCUUGAAGGAAGCACCGUGUCAGCCAAGCUUCUAUACACAUCGUGGAAUUCAAGGUUUCUGUUUCACGUUACAUUGACCAAGAAACCAAUUGGAUGGAUGUUGUUUGCGUAGAAAAUUUACCAUUUCCCGCCAAUUGUGAACCAAUUUUGCACCGUUCUUUCAAUUUGACAGUGGCCAGAUAUGUUCAAUUUACAGCCCUUAAAAUAGAGAAAGUCGGUGGGGCAGCAUACUAUUUCAGAUUGUACUAACAUAUUGCCUUCCUCAAGAUAAUCUUGAAUAAAUCAAGAGGACAUCGUUCGUUGUAAAGAUAGCAUUAUUUUUGAAACUUUGGUCCUCAUUCAUUGACUGAGUGUCCUCUUUGGCGUGUCACUUCAUUGCCAAGUGAAUGUCAAAAUGUACCUAAAUAUAUGACCAAUCAUAAGUAAGGUAUUGUUAUUUUGAAAGAGUGUUCAAGAUCGGCCUUAGAUUCCGACUUUUGUGCCACCAAAGACAGUUGUUUACAAUGAGCCUGUCUCUUGUCAAAUUUGACGCGAUUGAGUCAGUGAAAACGUAUCCUGAGGCAAAUCCCACGGAAGAAGGUAUGUGAAAUCAGGUGAAUCUUUGUCAGCCAUGCACCGAGUUAGUCAGCAAAAACUGAAAAUACGUUGUUAAGCUGAGCAUGUGUGGUUGUAAAGUCAAGAACAGCUGAGUCAUGCUCUUGCACUUUAUCUUCGUUCUAAUAAUCAUUAGUUUCGCCACUGGGUUUGAAACAAGCAAUAAUGAUCCAACUUUGUUGAGAUCAAGUUGUCAACUAAUAACCGACAUCUCUCAAUGUCCAAGUACCAGAAUCAUCGAUUUGCCGGAUCUCGAGGGCGAACUUCCCCUUGAGACCAAAGUGUUCUUCAUUGAGAGCUCGGGACGGGAUCAUUUGCUUCAUCGGCAAGCUUGUAGUGUGGAAUCAGCAUUGAGUGUUUCGAAAACCAUUCGAUCAGUUGUUACUUUGACGGCUCGGCAACUGAAUUUGUCGCAUAACGCGACCUGUCAACUUUAUUCGCGAUUUAAUGAGCCCCGGCUAAUCUUUCGACGUGUGGAUCGAGCCAAAAUCUUUAAAAACACGCCCAUUCAACCCGUAUUUGAAAGAGGUGAUUUAGACCGAGGUCCCAAUCAGAUCGUUCAAAACAGCGAUGCCUUGAGAUUGUUACUUAUCAGAAAGUAUGGCGGGUGGUAUGCGGACCUUGAUGUGGUUUUCAUGCAAGACCCCAGCUCAUGGCAGAAUAUUAUCACUGGAGAUCACCACAGAGUGGUUGGAGAUGGGAGUGUCAUUGGCGAAAAUCUAAAUAACGCCGUUUUCCACUUUGACAAAGGCCAUCCAUAUCUAGAGCUCUGCCUAGAGCAAUUUGCCAUCAAUUUUGACCCUAUGGUUCGGCUGAGUGGGGGACCAUAUACGAUGUCAAAAGCCUUGAAAAAGAUUUGUGGAAUGGAAGAGAACUCCAUCAUUAACUUGAAUACCUUCACGCGAGAUCGAUGCAGGGGAGUGGGUGUGGUCAAACAACAUCUUCUGUAUCCUUUGGGUUGGUUUGAAAUAGAUGUUUUCACUUCGGAGCGUAAAAGUCGAUCUCAAUGGGCAGCAAAAUACAAUUCUAGCAUCACAAUUCACCUCUUCAAUUCCAUUGCCGGGAGUGACAAAGUCGUGCUCAAACCCAAAUUCUACGGCAAUGAUGUACCCGCUUAUCUUUAUUUAGCAGAGCGAUUUUGCCCUUUGUGCUAUAAUUCAGUGAAGCGUUUUUAGGACAAGUGAAUAGUCAUAUGUAACAUAAAAUCACAUACUUGCCUUAUUAUUAAAGAAGUGUAAUAAAUUGUUAACUUAUCCAGUUUUGACUGCUACCCUUGAGAAGUGGAGAGAAAAUGACUAAUUCAAUUUGUCGGCAUGCUGAAGCGAACAAUAUUCUGAUACUAAGCCAUGAUUUGAGUGCAGUGACAGAGCAGCACCAAAACCGGUCAUUUUUUAAGCCUUGUCUAAAUUCUCCCGCCACAAAAUGCCCAAAAUCAGGUUGACAGCUGAUGUUUUUCCUUGAAUUCACUAUACUUCACAUGCCUGAUUAGAUUUGCUUACUGGGAAGCUUGAAAGCUUGAAUUUUAUUGACUAUCAACGUUUUGCAUGAAAACAUUGUAACUUUAUAGUUUAUAUACUGAUGCAAAAUUGAAUUAUAUUUUUUCCUUAGAUCACGUAGAUCAAAGGGACCAAUUUAACCAGGUUGGACUUUUCGGGAAUGUUGGUCUUUAGGAUUCUGAAGUAUC